AUGGCGCCUGCGGAGGGCCGUGCGGACGCAGCGACGCACGAUGGCAGCACAAUAGUGGGUUCAGGGGCGGUUGGAGCCGUCUUGGGUGACGCCGACGCGGCCGACGUCUCAGAUUUGGACGACUCGGCUCGCCUUCGAAGGGCUUCGUCGCAGGACGUCGGAUGCUCCCUACCGGGCGCGAUGACGAAGGCGAUUCCCAAGAGAUACGCCACGGAGAGGACCCUCGCGACCGUGAGAACGACCAGCCCCGAACGGAAGCCCUCGAGCCCUUCGCAACUCGCCAGACAGUCGAGCUUCGGCCCGUCGACCCCGCCGACGCAUCACCUGAAGCAGCAGCUCUCGGUGCUGAGGGCCGAGGUCUCGGCGCACAGGCUGACGCACCAGGGGCUUCGCAAGGUGCUCAACGAGGCUACGGACCUGCCCCGGGACUCCCACGCCCCGGCCAUGGACAUCAUCCGCCGGGCGAACUCCCUGCUCGAUUACGCCGAGUCCAUGAUUGACGAGAACAAGGGCGACACGGCGGGCGCGGCGGCGUCGGGCGGGGACGCGUCUUCGAACUGGCGCGCGUCCAUACCGGCGAACGCUCGCGAGUUCCUGUCGCAGUACGAUCACCUGGGCGGCGAGGGCAUCGAGAACAACACGUUCUUUCACGCGGUGCAGAUGGCGAAGGUUGCGUACGAGUCGAAGAUUCGUCGAGAGGACACUUUCAACAAGGGGCGACCGACCCCUUCCAAGCGGAGCUCGCUCGAGCUGAUGCGGUCGAUGUCGCUGAGCCCGACGUACAGCCGCAGCCCGGAUCACCCGAUCAUCGUCGCGGUGGACUCGUGGGACGGGUUCGACGCCCUCGGCCUGGCCAAGGAUCUGAGGGGGGGCGUCGACACACACGAAGGCCCGUCGCGGGUUUUGGUAAAGACGGUCCAAGCCGUGGUGGACAGGCACGGGUUGCUCGACGCCUUCCCGCGAUUGGACGCGUCAGAGUUCAGGGAGUUCCUCAAGGACCUGGAGGAAGGGUACAAUCACCCCAACGACUACCACACGGCAACGCACGCCGCUGAUGUCGUCCAGGCGUGCGGCUACUUCCUCUCGAGCGGCUUGAGGACGCAACUCACCGACGUCCAGGCGGCGGCGUUUGUGCUCGCCGCCGCCGCGCACGACGUCGGGCACCCGGGGCUCAAUAACGCCCACCUCGUGAACACGGAAGCUCCCGAGGCUGUGCGGUGGAACGACGUGAGCGUGAACGAGAACGGGCACUAUCACAUCCUGCGUGCGUUGCUGACAAAGCGGGGUUUGCUCGACGCGAUGUUUGAGAAGCGGGAGGAGAGACUCGCGUUUCUCGCGUUGCUUCGAAGGCUGAUCCUCGCGACGGACAUGGAGAACCACACCCGGCUCGUCGCGGACUUUUUGGACAUCGUGCAGGCCGCGAACGAGGCGCGAGAGGCCCGGAGCGCCGGGGGCUCGGAAGAGCGAGGCGAGGUGUUGAGCGUCGGCGACCUUGGGGAUCCCGAGCUGGCGAUGUGUUUCGCGCUUCACUGCGCCGACGUGUCCAAUCCCGCUCGGCCGUUUGAAGUGUGCCAACGGUGGGGCGAAAACGUCGCGGAGGAGUCGUACAAGCAGGGCGAUAAGGAGCGGGGGCUGGGUAUGAGGGUUGCGGCGUUUUGCGACCGUGAGCUGUCCACGCCGGCAACCACGGCGCAGAAUCAAGCGAGUUUCAUCGACUUCGUGUGCCGCCCACUAGUGGAGGGUCUUUCCACCCUGUUACCUGAGGCGUCGGAGGAAUUACUCUGUCACCUGACAAAUAAUCGCGAGAGGUACGGUGCGAUCAUAGCGGCGGCGAAUCACAACGAUGAAUAG